ACCAAAAUUUUUAUGUGCCAAUCGCUAUACUGUCGUUGGGAUGAUGGGCAUAGUGUUUAAACUUGUCCUUUUGAUUCUCAUGCUUUGCCCCCUGACAAUCAACUCAAGCUUUCAGUACCUUACUUUUGUGCAACAAUGGCCGAAAGGCUAUUGUACUGUUAAUCCAGCUAAUCCAAGCAGAUGUCAAAGAAACCCUCUACCAACCGUUUUCACAGUCCAUGGUCUUUGGCCGGGCAACUUCACCAAAAUUUUGCAAAAUUGCACAAAAUCUGCAUAUACUCCACUACAGAAUUUCCAGGAUUGGAACAAUAGAAACUUACGGUGGCCAGACCUCGCCAAACCAUCGCCAACUAUGCAAAAUUUUCAACAGCCGAGGUUUCAAUCAUUUUGGGAACAUGAAUGGACAAAGCAUGGGACGUGCUCGGAAAACAUGUAUCCCCAAGCUACAUACUUCAGCAGGACUAUUCAGCUCAGUCAAGGACAUAAUAUUUUGAACUAUCUUGCCACAGGCAACAUAUCUCCCGGCAGCAAUCCUACCGUAAGGUCGGUAAAUUCUACUAUUUACAGAGCUAUCAGUAACCAUGUGCCAGAUUUGAUGUGUGUGACUCCUCCCCGUCAAACUGGGAGUUGUGGCACCGGCACCAUAAGUUUCCCUGCAUAA